CGUGACCAUGAAACAUGAUGCGGAAACGUAGUUCAAAGCGAACGAGUUCAGCGAGUGAGUGAAUCAGUGACUCAUCGUCUACAAUACGGUCCACACUAAACUAAAUCCCGUUAACGCAGAACCACCGGCAACCCCCUCCUAUGACGAGCCGCCGUGUCCUUUCGUUUCUGUUUUUCUUCCUGUUCUCUCAGAUCUUAGCCUUCGCUUCCAAUCCUCCCCAAUCAAACUAUCCCCAAAUCCUACAGGAUGUAAUUGAGAAGAUUGCUUUGAAGCAGAAAUGGGAGGCGGAAGGGCUUAAUUUUACAAAAUUUGAAUUGAGCAAGGUUAGGUUUGGGACUGGCAAAAGAUACGAGUUUCGGAUCAGAUUUGGAAAAACUCAUUUGCUCUUCAAAUUUCCCGACGAAGUUUCUUCUUUGAACAAGCUCACCGAACGAAGUAGCGACGAUUUCCUUGAUUUUGUCAACGAAAUUAAUUCCUCGGCCGUACUAGAUCCCUUUACAAUUGAAGGUCCCUUCGAAUUGUUCCUCUCGCGCGCUCACCAAUCUUCACUCCUCUUCCCGCUGAACAAUUCACAUACUGAUCUGAAACGAGUCCUUGUCGGUGAAGGCGUCACUUUACAAGUAAGUGGAGCUCACGAGAUUUCUAUUUUCCAAACGCUUAAUUUUGGCUUACCGGCGAAUGAAAAUGAUGUCAAGGAGAAGAAAAGGGGAUAUUGGCCCUACCGGCAUUCGUUUGUACACCAUUACUCCCCGUUCGUGUUCUAGGGUCGGUAUCUCUUGUUGCCUACCAAACUCGGAACCCUGAUGCCCGCAUUGAUACUCAUUUCCCAUCCAAGGAUACUAUUGAGCUGCUUCCUGAGAAGUGUUAUGACACCCGCGAUUACACGAAACAACCUUGCCUUAUAGAUUCUAUAAGUUCGAGGAUCGCCAGGUUACAAAAAGUACUCAGGACAUUCCUAGGUGAUAAAAAUAAUCAGAAGGGGGUUUUUGGUUCUCUUAAGGUGAAAACUAAGGCAUCACCUAUUAUUCAUUUCCUGUUAGAGCUGGAAAAAAGCAUUGGAAAGAAUGAGAGUGUUCGUGGUAUGUUAGCUGAAUGGAGGACGAAGCCCACUGUCGAGCGACUAUGGUUUGAUAUAAUGGCUAGAGUCGAAGGAGAAAAACUGAAGCCCCUUACGAUCAAGAAGGUCCGAUCUUUUGUUAGUGUAGAUACUGUCUCAUGGAGUAAUUUGUUGUCGAACAUUUCUUUUACAAAGUUCCCAUCUAUUCUAGUCCCUCAAGAAGCCUUGACAUUGGAUAUCAAAUGGUAGUUGAAAACCAUGUAAGAUGCUUUUGUUUCUGAUGAGAUUUACCGGUCAAUGCUAUACGUGAUUGUCUCCGUGUUUA